AUGGACAAUGAUAAUUUGUUACAACUAGAUGAAAUAGAAGAAGUUGAAAUGAAUAAUAAUAUAUUAGUAUUAGCAAUUCCUAAACUAUUAAGCAAUAAAAUACAGUCUAAAAAACAUUCAGUAUGCCAAGGUCUUCAAUCUGAGCAAAUUUCAAAUUAUAUUAAACAUACUCCA